CUGUGCUGGGAGGAUGAUGUCACUGUUGAGGCUGUGAUGUCACUGUGCUGGGAGGAUGAUGUCACUGUUGAGGCUGUGACGCUCUCAGUCUGCAGGGCGCAGCAUGGAGACAACUUUCCUGUGUGAGGCCGAUACCUCUGUUCUUAGGCGGACAGGCGCCGCCCACGCCCGAGAUCUCCGCCUGGUUUAUAUUUGGCCCCGCCCCUCCGCUGCUGAUUGGUGAUGGGAGGAAGAUGUUUGUUGUAGUCAAGACAACACCUGUCCGCCCAUCUGACGUCACGUGACAAGAAUGUCAGCUGACCGGAAGUAAAGGUAAACAUGGCGAGAAACGAGGAGAAGCAGCUGGGAAGACUGAACCGCCUGUGGCUGCAGAAGGAGAAGGAAGAGGGACGCGUGAGAGAGAUCUCCGGGGAGCGGCCGCGUCUGUCAGCUCUGCACACCGCCGCCGAUGUCCGGAAAUGGAUCCCAAGCAUCAAGAAUGAGAUGGAGUAUUACCUGGAGCAAUCUCAGCUGAUUCACUAUUCAGACAGAAAGAUUGAAGAAUUCCAAGAGAAGCUCGAAGCCCUGAAGAAGGAGUAUCAGAAAUAUCUGUGGAAGUUACGCCGCUUGGAUCCGUCCUGCAAGGAGCACCCAUGGAAACCGCGAGGAUACACAAGGAAGAGGACGGCCGACGGGAAGGUGCCAUCAUGGGUGACAUCAGGUGGACGGCCCGGUGAUGCGCUGAUCUCUACCCCCAUCCUGUCUGACAGCAUCAAUACUGAGCUCAGUGACCCGGAGGAGGAUGAUGAGAGUAGCUCUUGGAUCAGAGGACGUGAAGCAGCCGUGCCGGACCUCGGCCGCGUCAAUCCUCAAGGUCAGGAUGCUCCUCUACAGUUCAGUAACGUGAGGUCUCACCCCAAGCACGUCUGGCUGCGCUCGUCCUAUAACACAGGGGACGACAGUGCCAAUAAACUUAAAGACAUUCUCCGGUCUACCCAGCCAAUGCAAAAGGAAACCAGUGCUGCAGGGAACAGCAUGGAGGACAGGACUGAGAAUCAAGCUGCUGGAUCAAAGAGCAAAGGGAUCCUGGGGUUAGACUGUUACUCGUCUUCUGAGGAGGAUGAUUGACAUAUACAUUGGUGAAGAACGGUUUCAUUAAGAAAAUCUUUGUUGAAAUAAACACGGUCGGGACGGUGA